UAUACUUUUACAGGUUGUUGGUUGGGGAAGAACGGAAAAAGACAUUCCAAGUCCCAUUUUAUUAGAAGCAUCUUUACCAUAUAUCAAUCAUAGUACUUGCCGGAAAAUGUUUAAAGACGGAUUUGAACGAUUUGUGACUAUUGAUAAGUUUUGUGCCGGUUCUUCAGUGGUUUCAGGACAAUCGGUGGGUCAGGGAGAUAGCGGCGCUGGAUUAUGUUUUUUCCACUAUGAUUCUUAUUAUUUAACCGGAGUAGUGAGUGUCAAGGAUCCAGAUUCAAAUAAAUAUAUCGCAGUUUUUACAGAAAUUAAGUACCAUAUUCAAUGGAUUCGUGGACUGUAUACAAGAUAUAACUAAGUUCAAUAAUAUUAUUGUACCUAAUUUUAUUAAAAUAAUGUAAUACAAUAUUCUGUUAUGAAAACACACUUAGUGACUCCGCAAUAAAUAAAAAUAACGAGACUAAAUAAUUUUGGCUC